UCGUGUUUUCCUAUUCAGUAGACAGUAUGAAGUCAAUGAAUGGACUUCUUAAAGCUAACUUGAUCAAGACCGACAGAUCAUUGUUUUAUAUUAGUUUUUAGUCUAAAACGGAGUAUUGGUUGUUGUUGAGAUUGUGUAACAAUUGCGCAUGUUUGACAUUUUAUAUGAUAAAACAAUUUAACUACUCGCAAAAUAUUUUUUGGGUUAAAUGUGAAAACAUUAAAAUUCAAAAUAUAUUGACAUAGUACAAAAACUGAUACGUUGUUGAUUACAUAACUGGAUUAAAGACAUAAAGUCGUUAAGAAAGCCUAAACAACUUCUAAAAAUUUGACAAAUGAGAGAUACAAUAACGCAGACUUCGUGAAGCCAAACAACUUAGAAGUUAACCUGAUAAGAUGCCGACAAACAAGCGUAAUCAGACGUUAUGGACAUUUAAUCUUACUUUCAUUGACAUAAGGAUUUUAUCAAUACUUUUGUCCACGUAAAAAGUCAUUAUAUUGUAGAUGGAAUAACAAGCUGGUUGACUGUGUAAUAUAAGACAAUCUUUGUCUCCAUGAUUAAUUGCAGAGUAACAGCAUAGUGAACUUAAGAAAAUAGUUCAUCAACUUUGGAGGUAUGAUACGGAAAAUCAAAUGGAUCCAAUAUGUUAAAGAUGUAUAUCAAAUUUAAUUCUUACAGUGCCAAAUGUGUGUUCUUAAUUACAUUUUGUGUCGUCGUUUUAAUAAACUCAGUUCAAUCAGAACACAACAGAUACAUUCUUCCAGUUCUACCUGAAACACAUUACACAUUGAAUGACGUCAUUAUUAUACCCGAAAGUGCUGACACUGUUGAAAUAACAAUCACUUAUGUGAGUAUAUCAACAGAGCUUGCAACGUGGAAUCUAACAGUUGAACAUGAAUUUCGUCUUGGACAUGUUUUGAGUCUUCAAAAUCUAUCUGUAGAAUCAGGAUUGCAAUUAACUACCUCAUGCAAGACAACUGUAAUCAUAGAUCUACCUGGUGGUUUACUUACACUGCCUCCUUUUGCCGAGAAUGGACUCAUACAUCACAUUUUUACAGUAUCAGACAAUAAUGAACGGAUAUUUCAAAAGCCACUUGUUAUUCAAUCUGAAAUUCCACAUACUUUGAUCAAAUUAUGUAUUAUCAUGAACAACAUAAAAAAUAACACGUCUGAAAAAUUGGAACCAAACUUUCAAGACAGGAAUAAUACAGAAAAAUGCUCAAAUCUGACAACAUCAGCCAUUGGUAGAUACAUUUUAAAUGAAUCAUCAACAUUCAAUAGAAUAAACCAUAUACCAGGCUUCUUUGGAGUAGAAAUCACAUCGGAACAUCCUAUCAGCAUUCUACAGGGACAUUUAAGACAUAUGUCUGGUUUAGAAAGGAACAAACACGAAAACAACACCUCGAAUUCCCGAUACUCACAGACUAAGUGGCGCGUUAUAACACCAUUAUCAAAUCGGAGUUCAACCUUUGUUGUUAUUCCAAGUACACAAAAACGUGACUAUACGUUUUACAUACUGUGUUCUGUUGACAGCUGGAUAGAUUUUCAAUCUGUCGAUGAUUUGAUAACCAUGAAUGUGACUGCAAAUAAACCGAUCAACGCUAGUUUUACUAUUUCACCUGAUUCAAUAAUGACUGUCACAAUAGAACAUGGGUUUUCAUUGGAUUGUAUUAAAUCGGAUCACUCAACAUGUAAUGGUGAACUAUUACCUGUCAAUUCUGGCAGCAUGAUUCAUAAUAAUCAUAGUUUAAACAUAUACAAGAAACAGGCAUCGCACAGGUGGAUUUAUCUUUCAAAUGAUGCAAAUUUAUUUAUACUGUUUCCAAAUGAUACAGACGUCAAUGUGGCCUCUAUCAAUGGAAGUAUUUGUACCAUAAAUGAAGUCCGUUUUAACAUAAGUAAUAUAUUCCUCAAAUUGAUAUCCCUGACUCGUUCCCAAAAUGGUUUAUAUACAAUUUCAUCAAAAAACACAGUGGAUACUUAUUUUCUUUAUUAUUUGUCGAACAAAAUUUCUACAAACUCCUUUGAUAACCGUCAAAAUCAAACAAAUGAAAUUGAAACAUCAAUUCAUUCUGUAUUAUCAAAUAAAGGUUCUGAUUUGAUCACAAAUAAUGAUUCAUCAGCAAGUAAUGGGUACUCAACAACUUUGCCAAAGAAUCAGACUGCUGACAAUUCUGAACAAACUAUGCCGCACUUUAGUAAGGUAGACGAGACAACGAUAGAUAAUAGUGCCUCAUUCCUGCCGGCAGUAGAUAAUUUUAAAACAACGUCUUCAGACAUUUCUACAGCUCCCGACACGGAAAAUACAAAGUUAUCUGAUGAAAACAAACAAUUAACACAAGCUGCUAGUGGCAUACCUGGUAGUAAUGGAAAGGACAAUGUCAUAACCGUUCAGAGUGAUAUAAAUGAAACAUUUAAGGCUGUGGUUGACAUUUUCCAUUCAAAGGAAGGUAGAAAAGAUAUUCUUAUCGACAAUUCUAAAACGAAGGAAGCUCCAAACUAUACGUACAGAUUUAACGUGAAUAACAAUAUUGGACAAGUGGGUGAUGGUAAAAAUCCCGUUGCUAUUAUUGUCAGCUUGUUAUCAGCUAUUUUAGCUGUCGGUGCUAUAAUCCUGAUAUUUUUGCUCAAAGACUUUUUCUCCCGGAGACAACAUAUUCGGAAGACACGGAUAAGACCGUUUAUAUCUUAUUAUUGAUGCAACUUUUUCAAAAUUGGCAUUAUUUUUUUUAUUUAAAUGUAUAACUAAUUAGUAUAUUUAGUAGGAUAGUCAGUUAUCAAUAUGUUAAUAAUACUGAUUAUAAAACAUAUAUAUUUGUCUUUAAAUGUUAGAUUCAGUUAAACACUUCUUAUAACCAUUUUCAUAAAAUAUUGGAACUAGCUAGCAAUGUUUUAUCAUUAUUUUGACUUUAUGCAAAGUUCUGAUUAAAAGUGAACACACAAAAACUGUUUCUAUAGAAAACGAGAAAAAACAUCCUAAAUAAAAAUUAUUUUAUAAACAUAUCUAAAAUUAACUUUAUUAUUGGUUAAUAUAAUAGAAGACCGUACUCUUCAAAUUCAUU